AUGGUCCUUGUGAGGCUAAACGGCGAAGUGAUUGUUAUUUUCCCUGUGGCCACCUUUACUCUUCCAAAGACAACCGAACAUCCACCGGAUGAUAUGGAUCAACACACUACUGAGCAAGAACGGGAAAUUCGCGAAUUGAUUCGUCGUGCAGAGCAAACGCCGGUGAAGACGAGUCCACAGAGGAAAGAGGCACUCCAGCGCCUGAUAGAACUUACUCGCUCACCCCAUUCCGGCCUGAAGACUUUGGCUGCGUCCAACAUCGCGAAGUUCUUCAAGCCUUUCGUUGACCUUGACGAGGAUGCUAUCAACGCCAUUUACGACCUAUGCGAGGAUCAGGAUCCCCAAGUUGCCGCAGUACUUUGUUCGGAGGAGAAUCAUACUGACGCUCUGUAUGAAGGUCCGAAUAGAUGGAUAUAA